AUGAAACCACAAAAAGCUUCUAACCACAUAAUGUUUCAAAAAUUGCUCAUCAUUUUUGCUAUUGUUAUUCUAAUUCUCUCACCAACUUUUACCUAUUCUGCAAAUGAUAUAAUAAAAUAUGAUAUAUCUGGGAGCAGUUUCUAUUGUCAAGAUGGAACAAGCCGAAGUUGUUGCUCUCAACUAGCACAUCGAGUCUCAAGUGACCAUCACUCCCGAUGCGCUUCAAUUGUUCUAACGAACAAAAGUGGCUAUAAUAUGGAUUUAGUAGCUAAAAAUCUUGAAGAUGGCCGUUGGCUCACAUCAGAAGAUUAUGUUGGUGGCAACAGCGUUAAUAUAAAUUGCGAGCCACAUUCUCUUUUAGAUAAUGAAUCCGAGACUAUUUCUAGUGUUACAGGUCGUUUUCUUGGUGGAUUGACAGGCUAUGUUAGUUUCAAAAUAAAUGACGAUAUGACAAAUGAAUUUACUAUCUCCUGGAAGGUUCCUACAAUUGGUUCACCUCAAUACGAAUUUAAUUUUCUUAAUGAUACAUCUAAUCAGCAUUAUGACGUUAAAAUGGACAAUGUUUUUGAAAAUACAGUCUACCAAAUUACAAUUAAUAAUAAAGAUAAUAAAGAUAAGACAUUCAUUUCAUCCAUUAUGUUCCUUGUCAUUAUUGUGUUAGUUAUCAUUGUGAUUUUUGCCAUUGUAUCAUGUUGUAACACAUGUAGACAACGCUUUAGGCCAGGACCACCUGCAGGUUUUAAUACACGCGUUAUUCCAGGACCACCUGUAGAUUUUAAUACACGCGUUAUUACAGUACCACCUGCAGGUUUUAAUACACGUAGACAACACCCCAGGCCAGGACCACCCGCAGGUUUUAAUACACGUGAACAACACAUUAGGCCAGGACCUCCUGCAGAACGCUGA